UUGAAAAUCAUAUUUUUAUAUCAAAAUGGGUUGCAUUGCAUUGUUUGCAAAAUUGCCGGUGGAGCUGCUUUAGCUGUCGGAAUAUGGCUUAUUGUUGAUAUAAGUACAUUUACAAAUCUCAUUAGCAAAAUCGACGAGUCCGAUGUUCUGACAAAAACAGAUCCUGAUGUUAUAAAAACAAUAUCUUACAUUUUGAUUAUUGUUGGAGCACUUACGUUUAUUGUCAGUUUCUUAGGAUAUUGCGGUGCCAUGUUCGAGUCUAGAUGUUUACUUUGUAUUUAUGGCAUUCUCAUCCUAGUUGUUUUGAUCUUGGAAUGUACUGUAGUAGGUUUGUCAUUCAGUUGGAAUAGUGAAACAGAACAAGGAGUAAGAACGUUACUCAAGGCAACGAUGAAAUAUUACGCAACAAAUGAAGACAAAACCGAAGCUGUUACGGUAGCUUGGGACGGAAUAAUGAAUCAGAUGAAAUGUUGUGGAGUUGACAAUUAUACGGAUUUCAGUCAGAGUCCUAAUUGGUCGAUGAUAGAAAAGAAAGUACCUGAGGCAUGCUGCAAUAAAAUUAAUGGUAUUCUCCAGGAUUCAAAUUGUCCAACUAAUCCAUCGUUAUCAAAUUCAUAUUAUAUGCAGGGAUGCUACAAUGCGAUAAUAAAUUCGAUCCAAGAAAAUGCAGCAAUUGCUAUUGGAGUAGCUGUAGUCCUAGUUUUUGUCGAAUUGAUUGUCAUUAUUUUGGCAUUAUAUUUAGCAUGCUGUUAUUGGCGACCACAGCAUGUAUUGACUUGUUGGUGCUGCUGCUGA